UGCUUCAUAAUUGCCUCCAGGUGCCCUACUCUAAUCAAGUUCUGCAAGCUCCUAAUACCAUCAAAAUACCCAGAUGGGCUGCCCUGUAGCCUGGUGGUUAGCCCAACACUAUUACAGCUUGUUCCUGUUCGAGUGCCACUUACUCAUUCCGGCCUUUCGUUCCGUCGGAAACUGUGCUCUUUCAUCUCCCCUUUGAAUUGCAUUCCCUCCAAUUUUCUUAGAGAAAAUUCUUACUUUUUGACAGAAUUGGGGGAAAUGGACAUCAAUCUGAAAUACUUUGCCCUACUCAACAUUUCGGCACCUGUUUCCAGCACCUACAAAAUUUUCUCUCGCUUUACCACAAUACUAGACCAUAAGACAUAGGAGGAGAAUUAGGCCAUCUGGACCAUCGAGUCUGCUCCGCCAUUCAACCAUGGCUGAUUCUAUUUCCCCUCCUCAGCCCCACAACUCAGUCUUCUCCCCGUAACCUUUGAUGCCAUGGCCAAUCAUGAAUUUGUCAAUUUUUGCCUUAAGUACCCCCAGUGACCUGGCCUCCACAAGUGCUUGUGGUAACAAAUUCCCCAAAUUCACCACCCUCUGGCUAAAGAAAUUUCUCCACAUCUCUGUUUUAAUUGGACACCCCUCUAUCCUCGACUCCAUGGGAAAUAGCCUUUCCACAUCUACUCUGUCUAGGCCUUUCAAUAUUUGAAAGGUUUCAAUGAGAUCCUCCCUCAUCCAUCAAAUACAUGCCAGAGCCAUCAAAGGUUCCUCAUACGAUAACCCUUUCAUUCCUGGAAUCAUCCUCUUGAACCUCCUCUGGACCCUCUCCAAUGCUGGCACAUCUUAGAUAUGGAGCUCAAACUCAAGGUGAGGCCUCAUGUAUCACACUUGCUCUUAUAUUCUAGACUUCUUGAAAUGAAUGCUAACAUUGCAUUUAUCUUCCCCACUCAACCUGCAAGUUAACCUUGAGGGUGUUCUGCACAAGUCCCUUUGCAUCUCAGAUAUUUGGAUUUUCUUCCCGUUUUAAAAAUAGGCUGCACAUUUAUUUGUUCUACCAAAGUGCAUGACCGUGCUUUUUCUAACAUUGUAUUUCAUUUGCCACACCUUGCCCAUAUUCCCCUAACCUAAGUCCUUCUGUAGCCUUAUUUCCUCAGUGCUACCUCCCCCUCCACCAAUUUUGGUGUCUUCUACAAUGAAAUGGUGCAGUGGCGUCCGCACCAGACUUCAAGGCAAAUGGUCUCGGGUUCGAAUCUGGCCGGCUCCCUGCUCGCAUUCCCUCUGUGCUGGGGUGAGCCUCGAGCUGGCGACUCACCCUCGUAAAAAAAAAACAGACACAUUUUAAAGAAACCGCAAGGUUGCCAUGAGGUGCGGAGAGGGAUAACAACAAAUUGUGAAUUAGGUCUCCCCUUAGCAGUGAGUGAAAGCUUCAGCUGAGAUGUUCAUGUUCCCUUUCCAUAAGAGAUACGAGCAGAAUCAGGCCAUUCAGCCCAUCGAGACUGCUCUGCCAUUCCAUCUUGGCUGAUUUAUUAUCCCUCUCAACCCCAUUCAUCUGCCUUCUCCCCAUAACCUUUGUUGCCCUGACUAAUCAACCUCUGCUUUAAAUAUACCCAAUGACUUGGCCUCCACGGCCAUGGGCAAUAAUGAAUUCCAUAGAUUCACCACCCAUCAGCUAAAGAAAUUCCUCAUCACCUCCAUUCUAAAAGGACAUCCUUGUAUUCUGAGGAGGUGCUCUCUGCUCCCAUACUCUCCCACAAAAGGAAACAUCCUCUGCACAUCCACUCUAUCUGAGUCAGGGAUUCCCAAACAUUUUAAUGGCAUGGAUACCUACCAUGAACCAAGGGGUCUGUAGACUCCAGGCUGGGAACCCCGAAAGCCAUUCAAUGGGUUUCAAUGAGAUCUCCGCCUUCGUUCUUCUUAGCUCCAGCGGGCACCAAACGCUCCUCCUACAUUAACCCUUUCAUUGCCGGAAUAAUUCUCGGGCACCCUCUCCAAUCCCAGCGCACCCUUUCUUAGAUAAUUACACACUUGAAAGAUUAAUGGUGCACCUCUUUCCGAUUUGCCACAGUUCACUAUCGUCGUCCUUGAUCUGAUGGUGGUGCAGUUCUGACGCUGUUGUGUUUAUUAUGUGAAGCUCCUAUGGGGUUUUGGGGGCGUUCAUAACCAGCCUGUGGAUCCGGCACUUGUAAUGUUUACUGUGGUUGACCGGGCAACCGGGGACCCCGUGUUCUGUCACGUGCCCACCUUCCUGCCUGUCGGUUGGCGGAAGACAUGCAGCAAACGUCCCGAUUGGCGACGCGACGAAGCGACCUCAGCCCCAAGUUUUCUUCCCUCACGUCUUGCGAUGGAUCCUAAGUGCCGCCAGUUUCAUGUUUCUGAAAUUACGAAAAUGGCAGAUAAGCUGAUGAAAACCAAGGUAAUGACAGCUAACGAGUUCCCAGGUCGAACCCUCUUUGGCACAACGCUGGAUAGUAAAGGUUUGUCCAAAGAGGUACCAGAGGAAGAACAGCUUCCUGACACGUCUAAAAGUUGUCAUCGGCUGACAUCUCCACUGGCACAGGGCACAGACAAUGCCCACAAGACCCAGCAGCUUAGCAGCCCAAAAUCAGGCCACUCUGUUGACUCGGAAAGUAUCCUGCGUCCCAGAUCGGAAUCCGUCCACAACGCCACUGGGUCCAGGCAGAGUUUGCCUGAAGACAUGGAUUGCCAGACGCGACUGAAGAGGUCGCACAAAACCCAGGCCGCCAGCCCUGACCGGAGUAGCAGUGAGCAGCAGGUCGACAAUGAGGAGGUCUCUGUGCAGGGAGGGACACCCGGCAAGCAGUCGCCAUUGUGCGAGACUCCAGAGAGGCUUUCCACGCGAGAAGAGAAAUGUCUGAUUCCAAAAAAUAUUCAGCAUAAGUUUGGGACCCAUGUGGUGAGUGAGGUCCUAUCAGACGAAAAGGUUAAGGAGUUUUUGAAUCAGAAGGAAUUUCCCGCGAGGGAUUUGGAUUCCAAGGACAUGACAGCAGAGGUGCAGAAGAGCGUCACUGACGAGGCAGACAUGUAUGAAAAGAUAGGUUACCCACUACGAUGUAACAUCUUCCCAGGUCUCUCGAGCCGAUGGAAAAGCGAGGUGCAGUCCACUUACACGAAGGAAGUGGUCGACCGCUUCAGACGAGAUCCGGAACACUGGCAUGGCAGGACAAUGGAUGAUCUUGGUCACUGGGUUCAGAUGAACAUCUUUCACCAGAGAGUCAAGAAAGCGUUAGGGGAGCUGGAGAAAAGAGCGGAGAAUUCCUAGAGCGAUUGAGGAUGUAAAGCAGUGAAAUAAAAUCACUCUCUUGUCUUUAGUUCAAAGUAAAUUUAUAAGAUAUUGGAGCAGAAUUAGGCUAUUUGGCUCAUUGAGUCUUCUCCGCCAUUCCAUUACGGCUAAAUCAUUUUCUCUCUGUCUCCCAUUCUCCCUGUCUGCUCCCUGUAACCUUUGCCCUUACUAAUAGAGCACCUAUUAACCUCCAGUUUAAAUACACCCUAUAACUUUGGGGUCUGUGGCAAUGAAUUCCACAGAUUCACUACCCUCAGGCUAAAUAAAUCAUUCAGUUUCUGUUCUAAAGAGACGUCCUUCUAUUCUGAGGCUGUGUCCUCGGCCUAAGACCUUAUAAUCAAAGGACGUUAUUGCUACCACAUACUACCUUGAGAUUCAGCAUCUUGCAGGCAUUUGCAGAAAAAUAGAAAUACAAAAUAAGUUUAUGAAAAGCUAUACAUAGACAAAGACGAGUGGAAAGAAUAUCGCUGGAGACACAAUCAGAUUGUAUAUUCUAAAAAAUUAUUUAUUUAGAGAUACAGCACGGAAUAGGCCUUUCAAUUUCACGGUAUCGACCUAUCAAUUUAACCCUAGCCUAAUCACAGGACAAUUUACAAUGACCAAUUAACCUACUAAUCAUUACAUCUUUGGUCUACAGAAGGAUCAUACAAACUUGCUUACUCAGAAUUGAACGCUGACACCCUGAGCUGUAAUAGCCAUCACUGCCCCAGUAUCUAAAAAUCAGUGGUUUUGCCUUUAAAUGUGAAGCUGCUCAGGGAAGAGGCCCUCCGGGGAAGAGUGUUCCAAAAGCACACCACGUCUUCAGGCUAAAUUUCUUCUCUGUUCCAAGAAGAGGUUUUGAAUUUUUAGGAGGAGGCAAACGGGAGGGAGAUAGAUCAUCUGGUUGAGUGACGGUUGCAAUAACUUUGUACUUUACGUCAGUAAGACCGAGGGAUUGAUUGUGGACUUCAGGAAGGCGAAGCUGAGGGAACACACACACCGGUCCUCAUCGAGCAUUGAGGGUGAGCAGUUUCAAGUUCCUGGCUGUCAACGUCAAUGACGGUCUAUCAAUGCAAUUACAAAGGCAGUGGGGCUAUAUUUCAUGAGGAACUUGAGAUCUGGUCUCUCACCAAGAACACUCGCAAAUUUCUACAGAUGUACCAUGGAGAGCUUUCUGACUGGUUGCAUCACCUUCUAGAAUGGGGUGUGUGGGGGGGGGGUGGGAUCAAUUCACAGGGUCAGAAAAAGCUGCAGGAAGUUGUAAACUCGCCAGUUCCAUCAUUGGGCACUAGCCUCUCUAGCAAUGAGGACAUCCUCAAAAGGUGAUGCCUCUAAGAGAUACGUCCACCAUCAGUGACCCUCCCAUCACCCAGUACAUGCCCUCUUCUCAUUGCUACCGUCAAGGAGGAGGUAUGGAACCUGAAAGCACACACUUAAUGAUUCAGGACCAGCUCUCUCCCCUCCAGCAUCAGAUUUCUGAAUGGACCCAUGAACACUAUUUUUUCUCCUCUUUUUUGCACUAUUUAUCCAAAGUCUACAGAUCCCUCAAAAAUGCCAUGCAAGUUGCCAGGGUGGUACGGUGUCGUGGCCUUCAUUAGUCAUCAGACUGAGUUCAAGAGCCUCGAGAUAAAGUUCCAACUCCAGAAAACCCUAUUGUUAUAUCACAUUUUUAUUUUAUUUCGAGAUACAGCGCAGAACAGGCCCUCUGUUCUUUUGAGUUGCCAAGCAACUCACUAUUUUGGCCCUAGCCUAACCCUUCCCACUUGGAGUAUUCAGAAUCAGAAUCAGAUUUAUUAUCACUGACAAAUGUCAUGAAAUUUGUUGUUUUGCUGCAGCAGGACAAUAAAAUAUACUUUAUGUAAAAGUGCAUAGAGUAUACUGUACUAUAAAUGAUAAAAAAAUGUACAAAAGUUGAAAUAAGUUGUGGAAGAGAGCAAACAAAAUAGUGAAGUACUGUUCGUGGGUUCAUUGUUCAGAUGUGUGGCAGGUGGUGUGGUGGCAUCAGCACUAGACUUCGAGGCGAGUGGUCCCGCCUGCUCCUUGCACGCUUUCCACACGUGUUGGGUUGAGCGUCAAGCUAACAACUUGGCCUCAUAAAAAAAAAACACAGGCAAAUGCUGAAGAAACGGAGAGGUUGUCGCCCCAUGCACCACGAGGCCUGGAGAGGAAUUAGUGAACUUUCGAAGGUGUCCUCAUGGGGGGAAGGCUUGUACCCAUAGAGUUUACCUGCAACAUUACCUCGCAGCUCAUGAACUCCUUAGCCCAACUAAUGAGGGCCAAUACACCAUACUCCUUACUGACACCUUCAUCAGCUUGUGGGGCAACUCUGAUGGAUCUAUGGACAUGGAGCUCAAGAUCCUCCACUCUGCUGAUCAUCUCGUCAUUAACUCAGUGAUACUUUACAGUUCUCUGGACUGAACUCCACCUGCCACAUCUCAGCCCAGCUCUGCACCCUGUCAAUGACCCGCUGUAACCUACGACAACCUUCUACACUAUGCUCAACACUACCACCCCUUGUGUCAUCUGCGGAAUAAGGCAGGAAUCAAUAUGGGCCAAAAGUAGAGAGAUGGGCUAGUUCCUCUUGGUCAGCAAGGAAGAGUAGGCCGAAAGGCUUGAUUCUGUGCUCUGACUCGAUCUGUGCUGCUGUCCGGAUCAAACUAAAGUCAAAGUAAAUGUAUUAUCAAAAUGUGUAUUUGUCACCAUAUACAGAUUCAUUUUCUUUCAGGCACUUACAGGAGAAUAAAGAAAUAAAGUAGAAGUUAUGAUAAAAAAAUAACUAUACACUGUCAAGGACUCUUCAUCUCAUGUUCUUGAUAUUUAUUGCUUAUUUAUUAUUAUUCCAUUUUUUUUUCUUUCUUUUGGUAUUUGCACAGUUUGUUGUCUUUUGCACGUUGUUUGUCCGCCCUGAUGGGUGCAGUCUUUCAUUGAUUCUAUCGUGUUUCUUGUAUGUGAAUGCCUGUGAGAAAGUUAGUCUCAGGGUUGUAUUGGGUGACAUAUAUGUACUUUUUGUAGCGCUGUGCUACACGCAGCACUGCAAUAAUGACACGGAGUCGGUGAGCUGCAGUUACAAAAGAGAUUUAUUCAAACUUCGCAGCCCCACUUUAAAGCCUUCCUGAUCCCUCCCUCCCUGGGCGGGAAUGCUGUAGGGGGCACGUAUUCACAGUCCCGUCCUUCGCGCAGGCUUUUCCCCUUGCUGGUGAAGCAGGCUUGGUGUCCUUUUUUGGGACCUGCCUCAAUGCCGCCGCGCUCCACUUUGUGAGCCGGUUUGAAUAGGAGCAGGAGUCGACUAUCUGGCCUGUCGUGUCUGCUCUGCCAUUCAAUAAGAUCAUGGCUGAUCUGACCAUGGACUCAUCUCCACCUACCUGCCUGUUCUCCACAACCCUUAAUUCCCCUACAAUGCAAAAAUCUAUCCAACCUUGUCUUAAAUAUGUUUACUGAAGUAGCCUCCACUGCUUCAAUGGGCAGAGAAUUCCACAGAUUCACCACCCUCUGGGAAAAACAGUUCCUCCUCAUCUCCGUCCUAAAUCUGCUCCCCCAAAUCUUGAAGCUACGAAGGGUACUAACUGUUCUUGAACCCAGUCAUGUGGAAACUGAGGGUUCCUGUACCUCUUGCCCGAGGGCAGCAGUGAGCCGACAGCAUGGCCUGGAUGGUGAGGGUCUUUGAUGAUGGAGGCUGCGUUCUUAUUACAGUGCUCCUUGUAGAUGUGCUUAGUGGUGGGGAGGGCUUUGCCUGUGAUGGACUGCGCUGCACCCAACACUUCUUCAUUCCUGGACACUGGUGUUUCCAUACCAAACAGUCAGGAUACUCUCCACUGAGCAUCUGUAGAAGUUCGUCAAAGUUUUCGAUAGCUUGCAAUGUUGUGAUGGAAAUGAGACCGAUUCUUUGGGUCUCAGAGGCAAGGGCUCUGGACCACAGUUUGAAUAAUAAGGAGUUUAUUUACAAGGGGAGAAAAGCUUGGGAACAACACAAGCGGCUACAAUAUUCACACAAAUGCGCUUAGAAUAGACGAGCGUGGGAAAAAUCAGGUUGGCAGUACAAUACAUGGGAAAACGGUGUGGUGACAGGGUACAGGUUCACAUACAAGCAAGGAAAAAGUAACUACAAUACCCGCCACCCCUUGACUAUGGGCAGGCACGGCUCUCUGCUACAGGGACGACAAUAAACACUCCCACAACCCUAUUCAAUGCACAGCUCACCACGUGUCUCCAGCGCCGUUCUGCAGUCUUCAGCCUGGAGUGAAGCAGGGUGGUCCCUCGAGGAUGGCAAAAAGAGAACAAGCCAGGCACAUGUAGCACCCUUUAUAGGAGUGUCCAGCCCUGGUGAUUCACCAGGGGGCCAACGGCUUGGUGCUAGACGGGUUAAUCCAGUUAAGGUGGCUCAUGGUUGAGAGCGCAUUGAUUUGUUGGGAGGGGCGAAAUGUUGUGGUGUGACUUCCGACCAGGAGAGGGCAGUGCUGUCACGUGACAGGCUCGGUUCUCUGGACACACAUGCUAAAUGUACAUAAACUUCUGGGAAAGUAGAGGCUUGAAGGAAUGGUGAACACAUUUCAAACAUACCUGGAGUCCUACUUCACAGGGCCUGACCAAACUUUAUCAUGUGCUUGAGAGUGUGGAUUUAAGCCAGACAGGAAAAAAACAAUAUCUCUUGCUGAAUUAGCACACCCUCAGGACUCUCUGCCGAGUUCUGAGCUCCAACCUCUGGAGUGGGACUUGAACCCAGAACCUCCUCACUCGGGCAAAGAGUCCUCCGAGCCACAAGUCAUUGUGGCGAUGGGGGCAAAGCUUGGGUAAGGAAGCACGUUGCCAGAUGGAUCAAUUAUGAGAAUGCGGGGUCACGCGUGUAUCGAUUGUGCCUGUUACACACGGAAGGCCCCUUCUCUUUAUCUUUGUGGGCUUUUGAGCGUGCAUGUCUUCGUCUCGGUGGGCCUGGUUUGUCGCUCCUGCACUGUAAGCUGUAAUGCUGGAAAGCUGGAGCACCAUGCACAAAAUGCUGCAGGAACUCAGCAGGUUGGGCAGCGUCGAUGGAAGGGAAUUAACAGUCGACAGCCCUUCCUGAACACUGGAAAGGGAGGGGGCUGUAAAAAUCUUUUGAGUUAAUGGUUUGCUGCUUCACUGUGAAGUCUCUUUGAGGCUACUCUGAAGGAGUUUAAAUCUUCACUUUGAUGGGACCCUCUCUCUCUGCUCCCCUCUCUGAUCUCUGCUACCCUCUGUCUCUUGAGCCAUGUGCUCACCCAGACCCACCCCUUCCUGCUUGUACUCCUUCCCCUCCCCUCCCCUUCUAUUAUGGCUUCUUCCCCCUCUGUUCCAGUCCCGAUGAAGGGUCUUGGCCUGAACCGUCGACUCUUUAUUCCCCUCCAUAGAUGCUGCCUGACUUGCUGAGUUCCUCCAUCUUUUUGUGUGGGUUGCUCUGUAAAAGUUGCCCAGCUUGUACCUUAACUGACACGACUCAGUAAAAGCUUUUAAAUCUUUGUUGCUCUUGUUCUGCACGUACAUAACCGACUUGGCCAAUGACAGGGAUAGAUGCUAUUCCUCGGUCACGCUGCCCUCUCUGCUGUUUAAAGGUGCCCGGACUGACACGUUGCUGGCCCAGCAGAGGUUGUCAAAGAACCUUCAGCAGUACCUGGACGAGCAGCCAAAGCUAACGAGGAACUGGCCUGAGUUUGUCUCCCGAACCCGCCAGCAUGCAACCACAGCUCAGCCA